AUGAAGGGAGGUGGGAGGGAGAGGGUGAAUUAGAAAAAGGAAUGGCAGCAAGCAGAAGCAGGCAUGAGCAGUAGCAGCAGCGCAGGAGGUGUGGAUUGUUUCAAGUAAAUACAUAAAAAUAUAUAUAAAUAAAUAUAUUUUUUAUUUGUGAUUUCUGGGUUUAGGAAUCAUUGAAAGACAGUGGAGAAAGCCUGCAAGAGAAUCCAAGACCCAAACAUGGUAAAGCUUAGGAACUGACCAUUCCUCUCUAUAGAUUCACCUUCACCAUACUUCUCUCCCUCUCUCUCUCUCUCGCUCUCUCUCACAAAGGAAACAUUUUCCCUGCCAAAACCUCUCUGCCAAGCCGUACCCUCUCCAUCUCCACCCACUUUUUCCUCAUCUCCACCGCCAACCACCCCCACUUCCUCCACCUACUCCUCCUUUCACAACACCAUGUCUUCUCUCUCCGACACUCCUCAGAUGUUAGGUAUUGCUUUUUGAUUCACUUUCUGCAUGGAACCUCAGGGUUUUUAAAUUCCCAUAUAUAUUCAUAUCCUUCCAUCAUCAGCUCAAACAGGAGAGAGAGAGAGAGAGAGAGAGAGAGAGAGAGAGUUUUCUUGUUGAAAGACAAGGCUGUGAUUUUGUUUUCUUUAAGGUUUACUCAUGACCUUCAAACACAAGCCUGCAGCUCCAUUUUACUGCUUCUUCUUCUUCUUCUUCUUCUCCUGUGCACUCCUCAGUACCAUCACUUCCACAGCUACAUGUAUGGGCAUCAGGUGUCCAUUCUCUGGUAAGCCUGAUUUCUAUUUUCAGGAUUUUGUGAAGAGAAGAGAUGAGGAAAACAUGGGAUUUUCCUCGAGUACAAGAAGGGGAAUUUUAAGUGGCCCUGGAUCGUCACCACCGCGAUGCACCUCCAAGUGCGACAAAUGCACUCCGUGUAAGCCAGUGCAUGUGCCGGUGCCGCCUGGAACUCCGGUUACAACUGAGUACUACCCAGAAGCAUGGAGGUGCAAAUGUGGAAACAAGUUGUACAUGCCAUGAUGCUAUUGUUAAAUUAAUUGCAUUGGUCAUCACUAGGUUAAAAUUCUACCUAUUUCAUCACUUGCUAGUAUGGUAAAAAAAAAAAAAUGUUGCCGAGUUAUUAAAUUUUACAAUGAUGAAUAUUAAGCAGAAGAGGUGUAUAGGGUUUUAA